UUUCUCUCUUCAGGCCAUGGAGGAGAAAAAUGUGUCCCGUAUUACCAAGAUCCACCUAUUAGGACUUCAGACUCCACACAGUAUAACAUUUCUGAUAUUUUUUCUUUUCCUUUUGAUAUAUUUUGUGACAAUAUGUGGAAACCUCCUAAUCAUCAGACUGGUGUCCUACAGCAAAUCCCUCCAUUCUCCCAUGUACUUCUUCCUCUUCCAACUGUCUCUAUCAGAUAUCUUACUGGUAACUGACAUUCUUCCUAACAUACUCCAUACUGUUUUGAUGAAAGGGAUCAUAAUAUCUUUUUCUGAUUGCAUCACCCAGUUUUCUUUUUUUUCUGCUUCUGAAGGACUUGAGUGUCUUCUUCUGACAGUGAUGUGUUAUGACCGAUAUGUGGCCAUCUGUAAACCAUUACAUUAUACUUUAUUAAUGAACUUCCAGCUCUGCUGGGUGAUGAUUAUCACAUGUUGGGUGUUAAGUCUUUUAGUAGGAUUGAUUACCACUUUACCAAUAUCACAAUUGGAUUUCUGUGGUCCCGAUAUUAUCAAUCACUUUUUCUUUGAUCUUGAUCCAAUCCUACAUCUCUCCUGCUCUGAUGCUGCUAAUGUUCUACUUGAAGUGGCAAUACUGAAUGUUAUUGUUGUUGUCAUCCCAUUCUUUAUAAUUAUUAUAUCAUAUGUUUAUAUUAUAAUCACCAUUUUUAAUAUCCCAUCUAUUACCGGUAGACAGAAAGUUUUUUCAACAUGCAGCUCCCACCUGACUGUUGUUUGCAUUUAUUAUGGUUCCAUAGUUUGCGUUUAUUUGGUACCCCAUAGAGGACAGUCAGGGAAUAUUACUAAAUUCUUGUCCUUGCUGUACACUGUGGUCACCCCACUGAUGAAUCCAAUUAUAUACAGCCUGAGGAAUAAAGACUUAAAAGAUGCUGCAGCUAAAAUCGUCAACCACUGUCUGCACUCGCAUAUCAGUAAAUUUACAUAA